AUUCAGAAGGGGACUGGACAAAUUUCAGACUGUGGUAAACACUAUGAAGAGCAUAGUAAACAAUUAUCCAAGGUUAUGUUGUAUAUCGGUAAACAACUAAUCAGUUGGUUAAGUCAAACAAAUACGCCUAACAGUUUUACUGUAAAAAAUAGUAAUAAUUAUAUGAAUACAAAUCCUAGUAAUUAUAAUUACAAUUUUAAUAAUGCAAUCUAUGAAGAUCCAAUUACAAUGAGUAUUAGUGAAAAAGAUAAGAUUGGUAAUAAUAAUAUUAAUAAUAAUAAUCAUUCAAAUGGUUCGCCUUGGACAUUGAAUAGUAUGAAUGUUCAAAUAUCAACUAUUGAACAAGAAACAUGGAAUAAUUUAGAGCGUAACAGUUGGCUACCGUAUUUAGAUACAGUUGAUGAUUAUUUAAGGAAGACUAGAGAUGAUUUGGAUACAAAAGUGAUCGAUUAUUGGGCACCAUAUGACCAACUGUUGGCAAAUCUUCUCAUCAAUCCAUGGAUUGCACCAGCUCGUCGAGCAUUGAAUACCUCAUGGUUACAAGAGAAACGGAUUUCAUUUAUGGAUCGAACAUAUUUCGGUUUACUUUCAAAUGAUAUCGACUCUGAAGAUGAAAAUCAACAGUCAAAUGAUGUCUCAAUGUUGAAUGGUGCUAGAGAAACUCAGUCAUUAAUGCUGUCAAAUUUUAUCGGCGUACCACAGCCUGCACAUGCUCGUUUAGCUGGAACAAGAAUAUGGAAUAGUUUUCGCAAUCUGGUUCCAGGUUUACCAAGUAAAUUCUAUUAUAAACUAGAGCCAAGUUCGACGUCGACAUCCUCCUCUUCAUCUCCUUCAUCAUCUCUGUCAUUAUCGUCAACCAUGAAAGCAUCAGCUGUCAAUAAAGAUAAUGACUUUCAAAAGAAACCCAAGUUGUAUCAUGAUUAUCGUCAAAUGUUAUCCAAUGAAGACUGGUAUCAUAUUCCAAGUGGACAGCUGAGUUUAAAUGAUAAGCAGAGUAUUGUCGACUUCACCGACUUCAGUACACACUUCUCUGUAUUCGCAACAGCUGUGACAAAGAAAAGCGGCAGUCUCAUGUCGAGUGAUACAAAUGCCUAUUUUCUGACACUUACACAAGUUCGUCUUCUGCUACUUUUAUUAGACGCUAUCAUUAUACUAGCCAGAUGCUUUCAAACAUUUAAUUUUAUGCAUAAUAUCUGGUUUGGUGAUACUCGAUUAGUCAGUGGAAAUCAUUCACUACAUGAGAAUUCACAAGUCAUGAUUGAAUCAUUCGAUUCUCCAACUAUUCAGCAGCAGCAGCAACAGCACCGACAGUCUCAAUCGUUAUCUCUAACGCAGUCACAAUUACAACAACAACAGCAACAGCAACAACAACACUCGACAUCUCCAAGUCAUCCAUCCAAUUAUCAUUAUCAACUUCAACAGAAUAUAAGAUCACCUAAACGGAUUCCACUGCCAGUAGGAUCUACACCAUUUCUGCAUCCUACAUCGUGUUCAUCAAGUAUACGUGAAUCUAAUCACCAUUCAGUGUCAAAUGAAUUUCCAACAUCUCCUACCAGAAAUUACAAUGAAACUAUGGUUGUUAACCAGUCAAUUCGUAUGAAUGAUUGUGAAAGAAAAUCAUCUACAGGUACAGGCAUGAAUAUUAGUCAAAGUAGUAAUCCGCCAACUUCUUUACACUUUGACAAUGGUACUGGACGUUUUACAGCAUGUUAUUGUUGCUUGGACACACAUUAUCUACUUGUUAUAACUGGCAUCGGUUUAUUAUUCAUUGGACUUGUCCUACUCUGGGCUACUGAUCGACAUGUUCGACCAGGAUGGUUAUUGGCAAAAACCGGUGUAUUUGCUCGAUCACGUGCACUAGAAGAUUGUAGACAGAGAACGAAUGCUAUUCUAAAAACAAUUCAACCAAAUCAUAUCAAUAUGGAUUUGAUAAGAUCGGCUAGAAUAAAUGCAGCUCGUGAAGCUCAUUGGAUGAAUCAAUUGACUAAUAGACUGACACAUGUUCAAACUCAUAUACAAUUACAAUUCAUUACAGAAUUAUGCUUAUUACAAAAAGGUUUGGCGAAUCAUUACUAUGUUUUAAAUCAACAUCAACCUCACCAGCAACAACAUCAACAAGCUGGACAAAUUCACCUACCAGAGACAGGUGAUACAAAGUCAAGUUUUUCAGCUUGUGAAUUAAUCGGUCCGAAUUCACAGUUUACUGAACAAGCCUUAUCCAUACUGUCCACCUGGCGAUUGGAUCCCAUGACAAAUAAACAAAUCAAGCAUACACUGAAAACACCAACCUGCCAUUUUUCACCAAUCGUUCCAGCUACUUAUGCUGAAAGUCAUCUGUCACGAUUAUUAAGAAUGACCAGUUUGAAUGACCAGGACUACCACCACCCGAAAAAAAAUUUGAAAAAACAGAAAAGUAAGAUGUCAGUUUUUUCCGCGAACAAUCAGACUGAUGAAUUCACUCAAACUGAUGGAAAUCAAUUAGAUUUUGAUUAUGAACAAAUAACCACAUCAAUUGGAAGUCUGUCAACAUUAAUUAAUGCUGUUUAUCGUUUAAUGUUGACCAGUUUGACAGUCAUGAUAGCAAUGGGUGGAUUGUUGGUUUGUCUUCAUAUGAUAUCAAUUCUAGCGCGUAUGAUUAUACGCAUCCCAGUGCGUAAGAUUUACUAUGCAUCCAGUUACCCGCCGUAUACAUCAUCUGUUAACAAUCAAAGUUAUUCACCUACUCCAUUUCGACGAAGAAACAGUCUAUCAAGGUGAAUAAAAAGUGAGAAGAAUCGAUAAUGUGCAUUAGAAUGCUGCUUGUCUGUCCGCCUGCCUGUCUGCUGUGCAAACUUUGAAACAUACUUCAUUGGCCUUCUGCUUGGUUCUCUGCACGUCAGAAGAUCAACAGCUACCUAAUCAUUAUCAAGAUUCGGAUCGAUGGUUGAAAUGUUAGACAAUAGGAAAUCAAUAAUAAUAAUAAUAAUUUGAAUUAAUGUUUCUUCAAUAAUCAAUACACUUUUAAACAAAAUAGCAAUUCAGUGAUACUAUUGAACAUUGAAAGAAAGAUGUGAAAUAUUGAAAUCUUAAACUGUUAUUUCCCUUUUCCUUCUGCUUGCUCAAAAAAUUAUUUUCCCUCUAUCAAUCAAUAAAUAAAUAAAGAAACAUGAAUAAAAUGGAGAGCACAGACGCACACACGCACAAGUUUGCCGAG